CUGGUUUCUAAUGCUGUUUACAUGAAUUUCCGCUUCGGCUUUCUAUCGUGAAUUCCGUUGAUUUCCGUAUAGGAAAUUUCAAUGACUGUCCAAAAAGGGCAUCUUUGAGAAUUUCCAAGUUUUAUGGCAGUGUACAUACACAAUAAUGAAAGAAUAAUUAUGAUCGAUAAUAAAUACUGCUAUUAAAAAUGCCUCGCCAAGAAGGAACGGCAUAACAAGCCAGAGAAAUGUGUGAGCAUUUUCUCGUUAGAAUGGUCAAAUACAAAUGAAGUAAGCCAAGGUAAAACAGUAAAUUACAAAACUUAGGGAUACAAAAGGGAUAUGUCUAGAAUAUGGGCUGGUUCUAGAAAAUGAUAAACUGUUUGUCAACUAUGCGUGGCCUUAAAAUAAUUUAAAAAAUCAGUGUUGAACGAGGCGACGCCAACGAGCCAGAAACAAAAUCGUAUUUUCCACGAGGAUAGCGCCGGGUUUUCGACCAAACAAAAAGAGGAAGUGAGAUUUGCGCAACAAACACGUUGCGGCGAUAAAAACACCGAGUUGUAACACUACAGCUGAAGUCCUUGAUGAAAAAAAUUUAAUAAUUUGCUAGACGCUUCCUGGAUUGCUAAGCGAUGAUGGGCAGUGAUUAGGCCUAACCUGGAGGCUUCGCGUGUUUAUAACAAUCUAUGCGUUAUAAUUAUAUAUGGACGCACUACCACGACAAUAGCUAAGAAGACUGUGGAAAAAUCAUCGGAAAAUAAAUAAUGAAAGGCAAGGUAGAACUGCUCGUAUUUGUGUGCUCUACUUUUGCCAAGGUAUGAGGCGCAACGAGAGUCACGCCGAAGCGUUUCCUUUCACCGUCGGAACACGCGUAAUGGAGAGAAUAGAAUAAAAGGAAAAGAAAAAGAAAGAGAAGGAAACAAAAAUGUGCUUGAGUCCUGAUAACAAUGGCGUGUCGGCUUUAGAUCCGCGUUCUUCGAAUCGCAGUUGCAUUCAGGACACGGAUCCCUAAGAUCGUACACCUAUGGAAUCGAUAACUGGGUAUAAACUACAAUUCCUCAAGCCAAGACGUCCAAAGGCUCUCAUUGUUCGAUUCAAGAAUCAUUUUCGGCUACUUAGUUUUACACUGAUACCCUGUAAUUUACACAAGUCAUUAUAGAGACACCGCUAAUUCGAUCGACUGUUCAGGACUAUGGCAGAUAUCGUCGUGGCAGAAGGAUACGCUGCCGUCGGUUACGAGUAUAUAAAUAUCGAUGAUUGUUGGCUUGAGAAGGAUCGGAGCAUCGAUGGACAACUAGUACCCGACAGGGAAAGAUUUCCUUAUGGAAUGAAGAGCCUUUCGAAUUACGUACAUUCGAAAGGACUGAAAUUCGGUAUCUACGAAGAUUAUGGAAAUUACACGUGUGCCGGAUAUCCUGGUAUACUAGGAUUCUUGGAAACUGAUGCACUAACGUUCGCUUCCUGGGAUGUGGAUUUCGUCAAGCUCGAUGGAUGCUAUGCACAUCCUUCAGAGAUGGAUCAAGGGUAUCCCGAGUUCGGCUUCCAUUUAAAUCAAACAGGUAGACCAAUGAUUUAUUCCUGUAGUUGGCCAGUUUACCAAAUUUAUGCCGGCAUGCAGCCUAACUUCUCAUCGAUAAUUGAGCAUUGUAAUAUGUGGCGGAACUUCGACGAUAUUCAGGACUCCUGGAGCAGCCUUGAAACUAUAAUAGACUAUUAUGGGAACAAUCAGGAUGCUAUUGUACCUAACGCAGGACCGGGCCAUUGGAAUGACCCGGACAUGUUAAUAAUAGGGAAUUUUGGAUUGAGUUACGAGCAAUGUAAGACACAAAUGGCACUGUGGGCAGUUUUAGCCGCUCCUUUGUUAAUGUCGGUAGAUCUCAGAACAAUCCGACCUGAGUAUAAAGCUAUAUUGCAAAAUAAGAAGAUCAUUGCUGUUGAUCAGGACCCUUUAGGUAUCCAGGGUCGAAGAAUUUAUAAGCACAAAGGCAUAGAGAUUUGGGCCAGACCAAUAACUCCCGUGUAUCAGAAUUACUAUUCGUAUGCCAUCGCUUUCCUGAACAGAAGAACCGACGGAACGCCAUCAGAUGUUUCCGUUACGCUUAAGGAAUUAGGCCUGCAAUAUCCUGGUGGAUAUAGAGUAGAGGAUCUCUACGAAGAUGUGGACUACGGUAUUCUGACACCUCAAACGAAGAUAAAGGUUAAAGUAAACCCGUCAGGUGUCGUCAUUUUACGCUGCGACUUACAACUCGACGAGAUCUUCGCGUCCAGUCGCUAUACACCUUAUACACCUUUAAAUCAGGUUUUCAAAGUCAGACAGAACAGUUUUAAGUAGAAUAGUCUGACGGGGAGCCUAGUUAACUAAUGAUUUUAAUCAUUCACAAAGGAGCCUGAUAUCCAUUAUUGUGAUGAAGUUAUCGUAGACACGUACCUGUCUGACAGAGAUUGGUACUACAAAAUAAAAAACAAGAUAGUUGUAAUUUUCAUACUGUAUAUUAACAACUGCCAGAGUGUUACCAUACUUUUACUAAGCUAAGAAUAAAAGUCAUACGACAGAA